AUGCCCAAGGCACGUAGAGGCGUACUGAUCGAGUGUGACCCCUCGAUCAAGUCCAUCAUCAUGAAUAUUGACAGCGAAAACAACGAGUACAUCCUUCAUGAUCUUGAUGACACUCACCUUGUCAUCCAGGAGAACAAGAUCCAGGAUCUCAAGCGCAAGCUUGACGACCGACUCAAGGAGACAGUUCAGGAGAUCGAGAGAGACUCGGACUCUGACCGUGAUGUCAAGGAUGGCAAGGGACGCUGA